UCCGGCCCAUCACUGAGGGCCGCCGUCCUCAACGUCUUACCUUCUAGACCUGCAGGAACUCUGCCGUCGCUUAACUCUUCCUGGGACACGUUAUAGAUCAACACAGAAACUCAGAAGACAAAGAUAAGUUCUUCCACAAUGUCAUACAGACGAGAACUAGAAAAAUACCGUGACCUGGAUGAAGAUAAAAUCCUUGGAGCUCUAACAGAGGAAGAGCUCAGGACCCUAGAAAAUGAGCUGGAUGAGCUGGACCCUGAUAAUGCACUGCUGCCUGCAGGCCUGAGGCAGAAGGAUCAGACCACCAAGGCGCCCACAGGCCCCUUUAAAAGAGAGGAGCUCUUGGAUCACUUGGAAAAGCAAGCAAAGGAGUUUAAGGACCGAGAAGAUCUGGUCCCCUACACAGGGGAGAAACGAGGAAAAGUCUGGGUCCCCAAGCAGAAGCCAAUGGAUCCUGUGCUGGAAAGUGUGACGCUGGAGCCAGAGCUGGAGGAGGCCUUGGCAAAUGCCUCGGAUGCAGAACUCUGUGACAUCGCAGCCAUCCUGGGCAUGCACACGCUCAUGAGCAACCAGCAGUACUACCAGGCCCUGGGCAGCAGCUCUAUCGUGAACAAGGAGGGACUCAACAGUGUGAUUAAACCCACACAGUACAAGCCUGUGCCUGACGAAGAACCAAAUUCAACAGACAUAGAGGAAACGCUGGAGCGGGUAAAAAAUAAUGACCCAAAACUUGAAGAGGUUAACCUCAACAACAUCCGGAAUAUCCCCAUAGCCACCCUCAAGGCAUACGCAGAAGCCCUGAAAGACAACCCAUAUGUGAAGAAGUUCAGCAUUGUGGGGACACGGAGCAAUGACCCUGUGGCAUAUGCCCUGGCUGAGAUGCUCAAGGUGAACAAGGCAUUGAAGACGCUGAACGUGGAAUCAAACUUUAUUUCUGGAGCUGGGAUCCUGUGCCUGGUGGAAGCCCUUCCACACAACACUUCUCUGGUGGAAUUGAAAAUCGAUAACCAGAGCCAGCCCCUGGGCAACAAAGUGGAAAUGGAGAUCGUGAACAUGUUGGAAAAAAACACAACACUUCUCAAAUUCGGCUACCACUUUACCCAGCAGGGGCCUCGGCUUCGGGCAUCCAAUGCAAUGAUGAACAACAACGACCUUGUGAGGAAGAGGAGGCUUGCAGACUUGACUGGGCCCAUCAUUCCCAAGUGCCGGAGUGGUGUCUAGUGUGUGGAGGUGAAGACCAUGCCCUUGAACUGGACGUGUUCUACUGACAACCUGUGCUCUGCAGUGGAUAUCAGAAGGAAACAUGCCGGCACAAAACCCUUUCGUGGUUCAGUUCUUCAUGCACUAAGAUUUUAGUUUACCUAGUGGUUGUAGUUGAGAAUUUUAUAAAAUAUGGUUAAUGUGAAGUUUUUCUUUAGUCACAGAAGUUCAGUCUGGUUAUUAUUUAAAAACUAAGAAGCCCUCAAAUCAGUAGAUCUUACUGAAGACAUUAUAGUUAACAGUGACUUAACCCCAGGAGUCCAGUUUCAGUGGCCUUGCUGUGUGGUGUUUCAGGUAUAUUUAACAUGUGUAACAUAAACAGCACACUCUUCCACAUGGUUUAGAAGUACUCUGAAAUACUUUAUUAAAAAUUUGAUCUUAGCUAUUUAGCAAAUAGAACAGGUAUCAUUCUUUAUUAACCCUCCUUUAAAUUUCAAGAAUCUCAAGAUUAAAGUUGCCAAAUUGAUUACUGGAUCAAGAACAGAAUUUUCCCCUCUAAAUUAAAAAAGAUUGAAGCCACAGAGCUCUGCCAGGAAUCAAAGAACAUGAGAUUCCUUUUGCUGAAUAUGAGGAAAUGACAGAACAAGCAGUGGUAAAAUUUCAAGUUUCAAAAACCACUCUUUCCUUACCAAUCCCAGGCAACAAACAUAUCCCUGAGUGUUCUUUAUGAACAUUUGGGAUUUAUUUACAAUUUAAUACUGGAGUCAGAAAGAAGUUUUUCCUUAUUGAAUGCCAACUUUUUGAUAGAUGUGAAAACCUGUGGCCACAUACUUGAAAACACGUUUCUAUACUGCACAGUGGGCAAAUGGCUUAUGUGAGGCAAAACACUAGAGGAUUAAUUUUCAGUCCAUUAUGGCUAUGGUUUUCAGCAUGACCAGGCUUACAGACUUCAACUACCUGUCUCUUCACUAUUAGACAAAUCACCACUGAUCUCAUAUCUAUAGAUUAAGCAUCUAAUGGGCAAUGGUGAAGAAACUCCAGAUAUUAAAGAAUCAGGAAAUUCUGGCCAAACCAUCCCACCCAAGAUGCUUAUUCUGAAAAUGUUUUUUUGCUAUUUCUGCCUGACCCCUUUUAAACAUCAUGUGCAUCUCGGGAUCCAGUGAAAAUGUUAAGCCAUAAUGCCCUUGUGCCUUUGAUACACCACAGUGCCAGUUAAACUAGUGUUUUUGUUUGUUGCUUUGGGGAGUUAGUGAUUCAGCAACUCUUAGGCCAAAGAGCUGAUGAGCACAGACUGAGCUGCAGAGCACUGAGCAGAGAGGCUAACUGAUGAAAAAGGAAAAGUCCUGCACACUGAACUGUAAUGCCAUGGACAGUACAGGGUAACUAGAGGUGGGGCCAAGGCCUCACCACUAUGGAAGAGUGUCUACUGAGGCUGCAAAUGGACCCAGGAGCGGCACCAUGCUGCAGGGACGGCCAUCCCCACUCGGCUUCUCCUUGAAACACAACUGCAGCUGAAUUCUGCAUCACUGGAAACUGCAACAUAAUAUUAAAUCUGUUGGUCUAUG